AUGAACACACUUGACAAAGAGUUGGAAGAGGAGUCUGCUGCAUGUGUUGCUGCGGUGCGUCGUGUCAGGGAGCUGGAGGGGCUGCUAGGUGAGAUCCAGGAGGACCUGGAGUCAGAGGGGGCUGCCAGGAGGAGGGCUGAUGCAGCCUGCAGAGACCUGGGAGAGGAGCUGAACGCUCUGAGGUCUGAGCUGGAAGACACUCUGGACACCACCGCCGCACAGCAGGAGCUACGGACGAAGCGAGAGCAGGAGGUUGCCAUGUUGAAGAAGGUGAUGGAGGAGGAAGGGAGGAACCAUGAAGCUCAGGUUCAGGAGAUGAGACAGAAACACACACAGACUGUUGAGGAACUGUCUGAACAACUGGAACAGGCCAAGAGGGUGCGAGCCAGUCUGGAGAAGGCUAAGCAGGGAUUGGAGAAGGAGUCAUCUGACCUCAGCGCAGACCUCCACUCAUUGGCCAACGCCAAGCAGGAGGUGGAGCACAAGAGGAAGAAGGUCGAAGGUCAGCUGUCAGACUUGCAGUCGCGCUACAACGACAGCGAGAGACAGAGGGGGGAGCUGGGAGAACGAGUCUCUAAGUUGACCUCUGAGUUGGACAGUGUGAGCGGUCUGCUGAAUGAGGUGGAGGGGAAGAACAUUAAACUGAGUAAAGACCUGGUCAGUCUGGGGUCCCAACUACAUGACUCUCAGGUGAGACUCAGACCUACAAGACUCAGACCUACAGGACUCGCAGGAGUUGUUGUCAGGGAGACUCGUCAGAAGCUGAACCUGUCAGGUCGUCUUCGUCAGACAGAGGAAGACAGGAACAACCUUCUCGAACAGCUGGAGGAAGAGACAGAGGCCAAGAGAGGAGUGGAGAGACAGGCCUCCAAUCUCAACAUGCAGCUGUCUGACUGUAAGAAGCAUCUGGAUGAGCAGCAGGGAACAGUGGAAGUCCUGGAGGAGGGGAAGAAACGCCUGCAGAGAGACCUGGAGGCUGCCAACUCACAGUAUGAGGAGAAGGUGUGUGCCUAUGAUAAACUGGAGAAAAACAGGAUCAGACUACAGCAGGAACUGGAGGACAUUCUGAUGGACCUGGACAACCAGAGAACCUUGGUCUCCAACCUGGAAAAGAAACAGAGGAAGUUUGACCAGAUGCUAGCAGAGGAGCGUUCCAUCUCGGUCCAUGAGUUGGAGAAGACGAAGCGAGGUCUGGAGGCGGUGCUGGAUGAGAUGCGGACCCAGAUGGAGGAGCUGGAGGACGAGCUACAGGUCGCGGAGGAUGCUAAGCUACGUCUGGAGGUCAACACGCAGGCCAUGAAGACACAGCAUGACAGAGACCUGCAGGGACGAGACGAACAGGGGGAGGAGAGGAGGAAACAACUACUGAAACAGGUGCGUGAGCUGGAGGGUGAGCUGGAGGAGGAGAGGAGGCAGCGUGCGGGGGCGACAGCAGGGAGGAAGAAGCUGGAAGGAGAGGUGAAUGAUCUGGAGGACCAGGUGGAAGCCACCAGUAGGGGGCGUGACGAGGCCGUCAAACAGCUGCGCAAGAUACAGGCCCAGAUGAAGGAGCUCCAGAGGGAGGUGGAGGAUUCCCGUGCAUCCCAGAAGGAGGUACUGUCCUCAGCCAGGGAGUCAGAGAGGAGAGCCAAGACCCUGGAGGCCAGCUUCAUGCAGCUACAGGAG